AUGGUGAUAGUUGCGUGCGGAAGCUGCAAGGUCAUUGAGAUCAGAGGAAAAUCACAGCCUGAUUUGGAUGGGACAGAGGACAGUGGGGCUGACAACAGGUCCAUAGCCCUGCACACAUUCGGCACAAACGGGAGCCAGCACUCGCUCACACCCAGAGGAACGUGCUGUUUGGGGGCCUCGAGCUCGGGCUCCCACUGGGAGCUGCUGGGAAACGCGAUGGUGACCACUCAGUUUGUGAGGCUGACCCCCGACCUGCAGAGCAGACAGGGAGCCAUCUGGAACCGAAUCCCAUGUGCCCUGCGAGACUGGGAGCUUCAAGUCCAUUUUAAGAUUCACGGCCAGGGUAAGAAAAAUCUCAACGGGGACGGCCUUGGGAUCUGGUACACUCGGGACAGGAUGCAAGCAGGUCCAGUGUUCGGAAGCGCUGAUCAGUUCUCGGGCCUGGGGGUCUUUGUGGACACGUACCCGAAUGAAGAGAAGCAGCAUGAGAGCAAGAAGAGGAGAUACUCACCGACCACCCAGAGGAUCUUCCCCUACCUCUCCGCCAUGGUGGGCAACGGCUCGAUCUCCUACGACCACACGCGGGACGGACGCCCCAACGAGAUAGGGGGCUGCUCGGCUCACGUCCGCAACCUCAACCACGACACCUUCAUUGUUAUCCGCUACCUGAGGCGGCGUCUGACUGUGAUGAUUGACAUUGACGGAAAGAACGAGUGGAGAGACUGUAUCGACGUCCCUGGGGUGAGGCUCCCACUCCGAUAUUACUUUGGGGCCUCAUCAGCCACCGGAGACCUCACGGAUAACCACGAUAUCGUGUCCCUGAAGCUGUACCAGCUGAUGGAGGAGGGAGAGCACUUGCCGGGGGAGGGGGACGGCGAGGAAGAGGAGGUGUUGACCCCCAGCGUGGACAACUUUGACCCACAUGAAGAUGCCCUCCCGGAGCCCAUGAGCGGCCUGGCUCUCUUUGCCGUGAUGCUGAUGUGUCUGGUGGGGGCGGUGAUCGCAGUGGUGAUCGGGAUCAUCAGCUACCAGAAAUGGCAGGAACAGAGCAGGAAGCGCUUCUACUGACCAGCUCCGCAGCUCCAUCCGGUCCGGAAUGUUCUGACCUCCCCCCCCCCCCCACCACCACCACCACCAUCACCAACCCCGGUGUCACCCGGAUUUGUCCGAUGAUCCGUUUUCAGAGCCAGACACCGCAACGGCGAACACAGUGACCGGCAGAGUCAGCCCAGUCCGCUGUCACUGUUGAGUCAGUUGAGACACAACACACCCUCACACACACACCCUCACACACACACACCCUCACAC